AUGAACCGUAACCACCACCACCCAGAUUUUACUGAAAAACUUUUUCAAUAUGAUAACUUAUUGGAAUUUGAAUUUGGGAAAGAUUGUACAGCAGAAUGUAUCAAGGAAGUAGUAGAAAGUCUUGAAAUGUAUAAAACUGCAUCAAUACUUUAUCAAUCACUCAAAGUUAACGAAGAUGGUUCCUUACCUCUUUUUCAAUUCAGAGAUGUAUUACACUACCAAAGUGGUGAGGAUUAUUUAGUUCAAGACAAAAAUAUUCAAGAUCUCUUUACAGUCAAUAUUUUGGAUCUUAAUUUUCCUGGUUCUCGAAAAAGAACAGAUAUUCCAACAAAAGAAGAAGAAAAAUAA